UGUUGUCCUGCACUGUUCUUGGCUAAAGGCUGGCAGUGUGUAUCCAUACCUUCCAUACCUGCAAGUAACACCAGGGAAGAUGCUGACUAUAUCGCUCAUUUGGGGACUAGUGGUGGCCCUAUGCUGCUUCUUCUGGCUCAUUGUUGGUAUCAGAAGAAGGGAGCCAGGAGAGCCACCCCUAGAGAAUGGGUUAAUCCCUUAUCUUGGAUGUGCCUUACAAUUUGGAGCCAAUCCACUUGAAUUUCUAAGAACAAGACAAAACAAACACGGCCACAUUUUCACCUGCAAAAUUGCUGGAAAGUUUGUUCACUUUAUCACUGACCCAUUCUCAUUUAACUCAGUGAUGCGUUCCGGGAGACAUUUCGAUUGGAAGAAAUUCCACUUUGCAACUUCUGCCAAGGCAUUUGGUCACUGUAGUAUGGAUCCCUUGGAUGGAAAAACAAGUGAAGAUCUACAUGAAACCUUUCGGAAAACACUCCAGGGUGAUGCUCUGGACCCGCUUAUCUCAUCUAUGAUGGAAAAUCUCCAACACACCAUGUUGCAGCCCAGUGCAUUUAAACUAACCAGCAAAGAUUGGGUAACCGAAGGACUGUAUGCCUUCUGCUACCGUGUCAUGUUUGAGUCCGGUUACAUAACUCUUUUUGGAAAAGAGUUAAAUUCCAAAGAAGAUGCGAAUGCUGCAAGACGAGAAGCACAGAGAGCACUCAUCCUAAAUGCCUUAGAAAACUUCAAAGAAUUCGACAAAAUAUUCCCUGCCCUUGUAGCAGGUCUGCCAAUCCACGUCUUCAAAUCUGCCUACAGCGCAAGAGAGAACCUAGCCAAAGACCUGCUACAUGAGAACCUGAGAAAGAGGAUCGACAUCUCAGACCUUAUCACACUCAGGAUGUUCUUAAAUGACACUGUUUCUACUUUAAGUGACACAGAUAAAGCAAGGACUCACCUUGCGCUCCUCUGGGCUUCCCAAGCCAACACCUUACCUGCCACAUUCUGGAGUGUGUUUUAUCUUCUCAGGUGCCCAAAUGCAAUGAAAGCAGCUAAUGAGGAGGUCCGUCAAGUUUUAGAGAAGGCCUCCCAAAAAGUCACCUUUGAUGGAAAGUGCGUUUUUCUUAAUCGCCAUCAAUUAGAUGAAAUGCCUGUUUUGGAUAGCAUCAUUAAAGAGGCUAUGAGAUUAUCCAGUGCAUCUCUCAAUAUAAGAGUGGCUAAGGAGAACUUUACUCUACAAAUGGACAAUAAUGAAUUAUACAAUAUCCGGAAAGAUGACAUAGUGGCACUCUACCCACAGACACUGCAUUUAGAUCCCGAAAUUUAUGAAGAUCCUCUGUCGUUCAAGUAUGACCGCUACGUUGACGAAAACAUGAAAGAAAAGACCACUUUUUAUCUGAAAGGGCGAAAGCUGAAAUAUUACUAUUUGCCAUUUGGUUCUGGCAAAACCAAGUGUCCUGGUCGCCAAUUCGCCGUGCACGAGAUUAAGCAGUUACUGACAUUGAUGCUUUCUUAUUUUGAUAUGGAACUUGUAGAGAAAAACAUAAAGUCUCCCCCUCUAGAUCAGUCCCGAGCAGGAUUAGGGAUCUUGCAGCCAACACAUGAUAUCGAUUUCAGAUACAAACUCAAAACCCAUUAAACAGUAGAUGCUCAUACUUUUGCAUGUCAGCUUUUAGAGGUUUAAGUGAUUGAAGCAGUUUGACAUUAAAAGUGUUCAGUCAUUUCUAUAGUGCUUGGGUUGAACAGCACAAAAUACUUUUAAUAUGUAUGUACUCACAGCUCAAUUUCUCACAUUGAAGAGCCUUUUUCAUAUGGUACCAUGAGAUGCAACAAGGCAUGGCUAUCUGUAAGCACCUUCUUCAUCUGCCCAAGCCUCACCUAGCCAGUGGCCUGCCUGUUGGGCCAACUCAACUGUACCCUACACUUUCAUAAUGCAUAGUGUUUUUGAUAUUCCCAUUUUUAACAAAUGGGAAAGAUGCUUGUAGGCUAAAUCAGAAGGGUGUUCCAGAAUGAUUUAUCUCUAUAAUACAACACAUUCAAUUAAAACCCUUAAAUGGAUCAAAUUCAAUAAUGCAAUUAAAUAGUGGGACUGUCUGAGACAGAUAGAUUAAGCUUUGGGUAGACAUAAACAAGGUUCAUACCUCCCAUUAAAUUAUAUGUUUCUUUGAUUUAGACUGAAUCCAUUUUUGUAUAGGUCUAAAAUUGAGGACGAAUAAUAAAUUAUGAAUUGUAAGCUAUUUAGUAUGCCAACAUAUACCGAAAUAAGGAAGAACAAUGAGAGGUCCAUAGUAAAUGGACAUAUGUCUGUAAAUUAUGUAAUUAUCUGAAAAUUGCUGCUAGAAUAAUGUGAAUAUUUGCUGCGCCGCAUGGUGGCUGUAUAUUGUCUUUAAGCUAUUAUUAUUAGAUGUAAAUAUGAUCUUUUGGAAUUCUGUUAUUGUGCCAUAAACUAAAAAAAAGAUGGCUCCCCGGCCAUGUGUCUACGAACGAAAUCUUAGUAUAUAUAUAGUUAUUAUCUGUAAAUUGUCUGUCUCUUAUGUCUCUUAUCUUUUCAAAAUGUUUACAACUCACUUUCAUUCUUGUAACCCGGUGCAUAUUUUACUUUGCAAUGCAAUGCUGCAGGGUAGGCAGCAACGUUCUUUGGGAUUUCACCAUUUAACAAAAUCGACUUUGUACAGAGACUACCCUUUAUUUUAUGUAGACAUACAAACUACAUGUAACCUUUGUGUAAAUAAAAUAAUUAUGAUUUGUACUAAAA